ACCUUUUUAGUAUUUCCCGUAGGUUUUCUGUUUUGGUCUCUGGUGUUUGGAUGAAUAUUGGUAUUAAAAUUUGUUCACCCUCUUUAUGUUGUUCAUGUUUGAGUCAACAAUGGCAAAAAGUCGAUUAAAGACUCUAACUGAGCUAAGACGUGUUAGAGUUGAUAACCAGACACUCAUGGUGCAUCGUUGUGGAAAGUGGGUUAAGCUCUUGGGCACUGAUCUAUUGCCUGGUGAUGUUGUCUCCAUCGGGCGCUCUUCUGGUCAGAGUGGUGAAGAUAAGUCUGUACCAGCAGACAUGCUUAUAUUAGCUGGAAGUGCUAUUGUGAAUGAAGCCAUUCUCACAGGCGAGUCUACUCCCCAGUGGAAGGUUUCGAUCAUGGGCAGGGGAUCGGAAGAGAAAUUAUCAGCUAGACGAGAUAAAUAUCAUGUUUUAUUUGGUGGGACUAAGAUAUUGCAGCACACUCCUGAUAAGACCUUUCCUCUCAAAACCCCUGAUGGUGGCUGUUUGGCUGUUGUGCUGCGAACUGGAUUUGAAACAAGUCAGGGAAAACUGAUGAGAACAAUAUUGUUUUCUACGGAGAGGGUAAUUAAUAAUUAGUCCAUUUUAAUUAUU